AUGGCGGUGGUGGUGGCUCGCUACGACUACACGGCCGGCCGCCCAGACGAGCUGUCGCUGGCCAGGGGUGCGCGCAUCGCCGUGACGGACAAGUGCAGCGACGGCUGGUGGCGCGGCCACCUGCCCGGCGGCGCCACGGGAUGGUUCCCCGGGAACUACGUCGCUCACAGCGCGUCGGCGGACGCCGCGGACGCCGCGGACGACGCGGCCGCAGCCACCGGCACCGCGGCUACCGGGAGCGGCGGAGGAAAUGUGCUGGAGGUGGUGCUGGCCAAGUACCCGUUCAGCGCCAGCAGCAGCGAGGAGCUGAGCUUUGGGCUGGGCGAGCACCUGGAGGUGCUGGACAAGCCUCUCGACGACCCAGAGUGGUGGCACUGCCGGAGGGCCGAUGGAGCCACGGGGAUGGUUCCACGCAACUACGUGCGGGGUGGCUGGGACGCCUCCGCCGGCCCCACACGGUUGCUAUCGGCGACACAAUCGGCGGUGCCGCACUUCCACGGGGACCCCCACAAUGGCACGGAUGCCGGGCGGACCCACAACCACCAGCACCACCACCAGCAGCUACAGCAGCGGCGGCAGCAGCAGCAGCCGCCCCCGCGGGGUGCCGUCAGCCGAUUCCCGGGCCGGCCGUGGUACCGGGCCUCCAUGAGUCGCCACAUGGCGGAGGCAGCGCUGAACGAGCGGGGGGAGAACGGAGACUUUGUCGUCCGCAACUCGGAGUCCUCGCCCAGCGACCUGUCGCUGUCUGUGAGGGCGGCGGGCAGGAAUCGCCACUUCAGGGUGGGCACGGCGGGGGGCGUCUUCGGCGUCGGGCAGCGCCUCUUCGGCUCCAUGGACGCUCUCGUCGAGCACUACGGCAGGGCCGCCCCCAUCUUCACGGGCGGCGGCGGCGAGAGGUUCUACCUCGUCAGGCCGCUACCGUGAUGCUCGUCGACUGACGCUGGGCGAUGGGUACGGGGCGUGGGGUGACGCCUGCUAGCGAUGAUUUCCACGGCGGCGUUGAGGUCUCCCGCGUCCCAGCAGCGCGUGAUAGCAAGCCCCUGGGCAGUUGCUUCGUCACUGAGAAUUUCCAACCGAGGGCAGUCGGUGGCAUUGAUGCACGGUGUCUCUCGGGGUGCCAAUGAAUGGACUGACAUUGGGCGAUGGGUACAGGGCGUGGGGUGACGCUUGCUAGCGAUGAUUUCCCGGCGACGUUGAGGUCUCCCGCGUCCCAGCAGCGCGUGAUAGCAAGCCCCUGGGCGGUAGCUUCGUCACUUGAGAAUUUCGAACCGAGGGCAGUCGGUGGCAUUGAUGCACGGUGUCUCUCGGGGUGCCAAUGAAUGGACUGACGCUGGGCGAUGGGUACCGGGGCGUGGGGUGACGCUUGCUAGCGAUGAUUUCCCGGCGACGUUAAGUCUCCCGCGUCCCAGCUGCGCGUGAUAGCAAGCCCCUGGGCGGUAGCUUCGUCACUGAGAAUUUCGAACCAAGGGCAGUCGGUGGCAUUGAUGCACGGUGUCUCUCGGGGUGCCAAUGAAUGGACUGACAUUGGGCGAUGGGUACAGGGCGUGGGGUGACGCUUGCUAGCGAUGAUUUCCCGGCGACGUUGAGGUCUCCCGCGUCCCAGCAGCGCGUGAUAGCAAGCCCCUGGGCAGUUGCUUCGUCACUGAGAAUUUCCAACCGAGGGCAGUCGGUGGCAUUGAUGCACGGUGUCUCUCGGGGUGCCAAUGAAUGGACUGACAUUGGGCGAUGGGUACAGGGCGUGGGGUGACGCUUGCUAGCGAUGAUUUCCCGGCGACGUUGAGGUCUCCCGCGUCCCAGCAGCGCGUGAUAGCAAGCCCCUGGGCGGUAGCUUCGUCACUUGAGAAUUUCGAACCGAGGGCAGUCGGUGGCAUUGAUGCACGGUGUCUCUCGGGGUGCCAAUGAAUGGACUGACGCUGGGCGAUGGGUACCGGGGCGUGGGGUGACGCUUGCUAGCGAUGAUUUCCCGGCGACGUUAAGUCUCCCGCGUCCCAGCUGCGCGUGAUAGCAAGCCCCUGGGCGGUAGCUUCGUCACUGAGAAUUUCGAACCAAGGGCAGUCGGUGGCAUUGAUGCACGGUGUCUCUCGGGGUGCCAAUGAAUGGACUGACAUUGGGCGAUGGGUACAGGGCGUGGGGUGACGCUUGCUAGCGAUGAUUUCCCGGCGACGUUGAGGUCUCCCGCGUCCCAGCAGCGCGUGAUAGCAAGCCCCUGGGCGGUAGCUUCGCCGCGUGUUGGUUCAGGCGAUAGACGGCUGUUUUGAAGAGGGAGAGACGGGGCUGGAAAACGAAUGCCGGCCAAAGUUGGACCGCUGUCGUCAAAGGGAAACAAAGACAAAGAUCCCCCGUGUAGCCUCUAGCAGACUACUGGGGC